UUGGCAUUUUACUUAAACAAAUUCAAAUGAAAUUUGAAACUCAAAGUAAGGAAUCAAUUUCAAAACCAAAUAAUAGGUCAGCAUUGCGAAAUAAUAAUUUAAAUUCAUAAAAAUUGUAACCAACCUGUCAAAUUGCUUAAAUUUCCAUACGUAAAAUUCUAUGUCAAAUUGGCAAAUUUAUUGUGUAUUAUUGAUCAAUUACCACGAGACGAGAUCCGCACAUGUGAUUUAUUUGUGACUGACUGAAUCGUAAAUAGUUUUAGCUAAAAAGCUAAGUGUAAAGCGUAAUCGGAUUAAAAGAAAAAUGGCUUCGUUAUUCGAGGUAUUGGUAACUAGUGAUUCUAAUAACACUUUGUGGACUAACGCUGUAUGGGAUCCCAAUACCGGCACAAGCCUAAUGACAUACAAAGGAGGCGGUACUGCUGAAAACAAAACACUUUCAUUCAUCGGCAAGGACUACCUAGCUGUUGUGGAAAAAACCAAACCAAUUCUACACAUCUGGCCUUUGAAUUCAUAUCAAACAGUCCAAGGCAUACGUUUUAUUCUGCCUGGCAAAGCUACUGCCUUGGCCAUUUCUGCCAAUGGAGAUUUCAUAAUAGCAGGCAUUGAAGAGAAGAUUUACUUAUGGCAAACAGCCUCUGGUAAUCUACUGACAAUUAUCAACAGACAUUACCAAAAAGUUGUAAUGCUGCAAUUUACACCAGAUGGCAGCUAUUUUAUAUCUGCAGCUGAUGAUGGCAUGGUGAUGGUGUGGUCUUUAGCCACUGUAUCUGCUCACCCUGAGGUUGGUCUAGUCUCACAAUCAUCUGCCGGCCAGCAUGAUCCGAUAUAUAUAUUCUCAGAUCAUUCCCUGCCCGUCACCGAUAUGUGCAUUAGUAAAACUGGUAUGCAUGGAAAGCUGUCCACUGUAUCUAGUGACAGGACUUGUAAAAUCUAUGAUUUGUCCUCUGGAGAAUUAUUGCUAAACCUAGUCUUUGAUGUUCCUCUUAGUGCGAUAACAUAUGAUGUCUUAGAAUUGAACAUAUUUGUGGGUACCGCUGAGGGAAAAAUUCAUCAGUUCUGUCUCACAAAUCCACCUAGGACCAGAGAUUCACUUGUUAAUUCAGAGGAAUUUGUUACAUUUGAGUCACAUAAAAAGGCUGUGACCUGUUUGUCUGUCUCUCUUGAUGGAGAGACAUUGAUGUCAGGAUCUAAUGAUGAACAAGUUAUUCUGUGGCAUAUUCGGAGUAAACAGCCAGUGAGAACAAUAAGGCACAAAGGCCCAGUGACAAAUGCUUUUUUCACCACAAAUCUGCCUGCUAUUUACAAGCAAGAAUUCACUCCUGGAAUAAUUCUACACACUUUGGAAAGAACAUUAGAAAAGGAUACUGAAGAUGUCAGUGAAAUAGAAAUAUUUGUUAAAAAUAAAAUUAACUUUUGGCCAGAUGGAGCGCACCAAGAGAUUGAAAGUAGUAUUCCUUCCAAAGAAGCAGAAAACGAAUUUAAGUUGAAGGAAGAAAAUUUGCAUGCUGAGCUUAAUAAACUAAAGACAAUCAACUAUAAUUUGUAUUCUAUAGCUGUACAGAAGACCCUACAAUCUGUUCCAGAAAUGUCUAAUAAAAACAAGAAGAAAAAGAAAAAAGAGAAUGCUGCUCAAUAAACUUUUUAAAUUAUGUACUA